UCAGACAAUAACAUGGACUGGGGAACCCUGCAGUCUGUUUUAGGAGGAGUGAACAAACAUUCCACCAGCAUCGGGAAGAUAUGGCUGACUGUUCUUUUCAUAUUCCGUAUUAUGAUCCUCGUAGUUGCUGCAGAGGAAGUUUGGGGCGAUGAGCAAGAUGACUUUGUCUGCAAUACUUUGCAACCAGGAUGCAAAAACGUCUGCUACGAUUAUUUUUUCCCAGUUUCUCACAUCAGACUCUGGGCCCUCCAGCUCAUUUUUGUUUCUACUCCUGCACUUUUGGUGGCCAUGCACGUGGCAUAUAGAAGGCAUGAAAAGAAAAAGAAGUUCCAAAGAGGAGAUAAAAACUGUGAAUUCAAGGACCUAGAAGAAAUAAAGAGACAGAGGUUCCACAUUGAGGGUCCUUUGUGGUGGACAUACACUGCCAGCAUCUUAUUCAGGCUGAUAUUUGAAGCUUCUUUCAUGUAUGUGUUUUACUAUAUGUACGAGGGUUAUCACAUGCCUCGCCUACUGAAAUGUAGUGUUUGGCCAUGUCCCAAUAUAGUGGACUGUUUUGUUUCCCGACCCACUGAAAAGACAAUAUUUACCAUUUUUAUGAUUUCAGUGUCUGGCAUUUGCAUUCUACUAAAUGUAGCAGAAUUCUCGUAUUUGUUGCUGAAGUUCUGUGUUAGAAGGUCUCGUAGAGGAAAAAUCCCCAAAAAUCAUGCCAUCCAGGGGAACAAAGAAGAAAGCAAGCAAAAUGAAAUGAAUGAGCUUAUAUCAGAUAGCUGCCAGAAUACAGUAACACCAUUUACAAACAACUAGGGUGACCAUCUGUCUAAGAUGCAUUUGAUGUAGAGUAACUGAAUAACCACAUUCAUAAAGCUGCUGUGAAAGUGGUUAGAUUUGAUUAAGCAAUAAAGUCAAGAGGAGUAUUACUACGUAUAUGUCUACACGCUAGACAUGUUUUUAAGGUCAAUAGUGACAUAAGAAUGUUGAAGAUUUUAAGAUGAUGUGAUUUACUUUAUGCAUAACUUUACCAAAUCUAUUCUGAUUUGUUAAAGAAACAAUGCUAAUUAGUGCCUUCAUAUUGAAAUUAAUCUUUAAACUAAAGAGAUGGAAUUAACUGCCUUACUGAUUAAAUACUCUUAGUAUUA